UCCCCCACACAGGAGCUGCUAUCCACCUUAUCAAAGUCUGCAACACCCUGGUCAUCCUAUGCUAUAAUCACUGAAGUGCUGCGUGAAAAACUAAAAGAAAGCGGCUCCAACAUCUCUCAAUUGCGGCCAGUCAAUGGGCGAUCAUCCUUAGCGGCCGAGCUUCAAAGAACGACAGGUCUUAUCGGAGAAUAGCACCCAACGUUACUUCUCAUCGCUACAUCUAGCCUAUCCAUACGCCCAGAGAAUUUCGGCCUCACAUGUCUGGCCCAACAUCGAACCCAGCCUGGAACACCAAUGACAACGGCGCAGCCUACGGAACCUUUCCUCGGCCGAGACUGAGUUCCAACUUCAGCAGUCGCGAUAGUGUCGACAGUACUGCUGUACAGAGUAAUGGCGGCGACGUCUCUCCCAAAGCUCGCCCUCCACUAGCCCAGCGCCCGUCCUCGCGACACAUUGAGUUCCGAAACCACAUUAGGCGACCCCAUCUUACAGAGACCCAGCGGACCUUAAGCGAUGCUUUACGUGCCGCCAAGAGUAGGGAAGAGCAGGAAACUUUGCUGCCCGAGGAGGAUCAUGCAGGCUCGGAUGGUUGUUUCAAUGGAACUGGUCAGCCUGCGGGACCGAGAGACUUGAUCACACCUUAUCCACAUUCCGGUUUGAAGGUGUACUACAAUAUUCACCGAAUACGAAGACUUGUACUGGCUGUUAUCGAGGACCCGUAUACAGUUGAGCAACUGAGAGAACCGCGUAUGAAUGUCUUGAUUGUCAAACCCCUGGUUGACCGUCUCUACGAUGAAGAAGACAUCUCUGUUGUGUACAGUCUGCUUGUCAACCGCAUGCAGUUCUUGCGGGAGCAGCAAUUUCAGCAACACCAUCAAACCGUGGACCUGACCAGAGCAAAUCUGUGCGAGCUGGUUGCAAUGAAGGUCCUGCGUAGACAUGACGAAGAGAGUACUGGUAAGCCCGGACUCUUGCUGCUGGCACAGGUUCUCGUAGCGCCGUUCUGGCCGUUCCAAGGCGCCCCAGAAGACGUAUCACCACCGCGCCAUUUCUCGGAGUACCAGGGGCAGGGCGACUACGAAGGGAAGCUCACAGCGCUGGAAGUUGCCAUCGUCUCCGAGAGCAAGAUCCUUCUCAGCAGCAGCGCUAGCCAGAAGGUCAUUGACGCAGUGUACCGAGGACGUAUUGUGUACACGCCAACGACUUUCAUCGACAUCAUUCCAGACCAUUAUAAGCACAAGCCUAUAUCGCUAUACGAUCCACGCAAGGCCCCACUUCUAAACCAGUACCGCCUGAUGGUACCCCGAACGCGAAACAUGAUCGAGGUCGCUCAGUUCGUUCUUCUACUUGCAUGCUAUUGCUGGGCAAUGCACACACGGGACGACGAAAAACUGACGACAGCCGAGAUAGUGUUCUUGCUGUACGCUGGUGGCUGGGUACUUGAUGAACUAGUCUCCUGUCUCGAGCACGGGUGGGAAGUCCAUACCCAGGAACUCUGGGCCUUCCUCGACGUCACAUUCGCAGGCAUCUUCAUCAUCUACUUCUGGAUGCGCGUGCAUGGCUGGAUGCUCGGAAACGACGAAACAGGCAGACAAGCACUCGAUUUGCUGGCGAUAGCCUCUCCGAUUCUGUUCCCGCGUAUCGCCUUCAAUCUGAUGCCAGAGAACAUGCUGUUUAUCUCCUUGCGGGCAAUGGUCAAGGAGUUCACUGCGCUUAGUCUCAUUGCCGUCUGGUGCUUUGGCGGUUUCUUGUUGGCGCUUAAGUGGCUGAGCAUGUCUAACCCUGCGACCGAUGCGAACGCACCAAACGUGAUCACCAUCUCGAAGUGGAUGCUGUGGAUUUGGUUUGGUCUCGACGGCACUGGCAUCGAUGAAGCGCCCACAUUCCAUGAGAUCCUCGGUCCGGUUCUGAUGGUCAUCUACGCGUUUAUUGGUAACACGCUCUUCUUGACGGUCUUGGUGUCCAUUCUCUCAAACACCUUCUCGAAGAUCGCUGCCGACUCCACGGCAGAGAUCCAGUUCCGCCGCGCAGUCAUGACCUUCGAAGGCGUCAAGUCGGACACACUGUUCGCCUACCGUCCGCCGUUCAACCUCCUCGCUUUCGUCAUCCUGCUGCCCCUCAAGUUCAUCCUGUCGCCACGCUGGUUCCACAAGAUCAACAUCACCGCAAUCCGCGUUCUUAACGCGCCGUUCCUGCUAGCAAUCGCAUGGCAUGAGCGCCGCACACUGUGGAAGUCGACGCGCAGACGCAGCAUCAGCGGCCCGGGACCCACCAAGCGCUCCAAGUGGCUGUUCGACGGCGGCUUCUGGAGUUGGAGCAAGAUGAGCCCGCACGCAGAUCUGCAAGCGGUGUUUGAAGAGGAUGCGCCGCGGGAGAUCAUUGAGAGGAUCGAGGAGGAGGACGACCUCGAGGACGCGAUUCUCGAGAACAGUUUUGCUGGCGCUGCCGGCGCGGAACGUAGGAGCAUCAGUCCGGGUAGCGUCCUGACGAGGCGGAGGAGGCUGAGCAGCGCAUGGCCAGGAACAGUCCCGUAGUCCUUUGGCGCUGUUAGUACGUGGACGGGGGUCCAGCAUGUCUUCUUUACGAGUACACAGCAACCUCACAGGCAACAACGAUAGUCCUACACCCCAGCCAUAUUGUAU